AUGGCUUCUUACCCAGACUCUACCGCUGCAACUGAUGGUUCGGCCACUGAUUUUCCACCUCUUCCAACUACCUCGACUUCCUCCUCCACUACCACCACUGAAGCUGCCACCUUCGCGUCCAUGCUUGCUGCUAUCAAUGCGGCUUCCAAUCCGCCUCAUGCCCAAGCAUCAAUCCCGUCUUCAUCUUCCAAUACCCUCAAACUUCAGCACAUCGCUUCCUGGCUCAACAACGCUGUCGAAGGUCACCCUCGCUUUACUUAUACCUCCGAUGCAAUUAUAGAUGCUCAUAUCAAGGAUAUUAAGGAGUGCUUGAACACUUUCGAUGAUGUUAUGGCAAAGAAGUAG